GGAAGGGAAGGAAACAGGAAGGAGGUAGCAUGGGAGAAAAGAAGGUGGGGAGGGCACAGGCUGUGGCGCGGUCAUGUGUGUGUGUAUGAAAGAGAGAGACUGAGAAUGGGAGGCAGCAUCACCCACCCAGACUGGGAGGAGGGGAGGACAGACAGUGUGCUUGUGCCUCUAACAGACAGACAGAGGUGGAAGGAAAGUGGGGAUGAGAGACAGACGUGAGGGGAGAAGAGGAGCACGAUGAAGGACUACCAUCAUCCAUCCUGGCAACACUGCCAUUUCACCAUCUGCUGAAAGAGUGAGAGAGAGAGAGAGAGAGUGAGUGAGAGGAGGGACGAAAAGAGGAGGCAGCCAAACGGAGGAGAGGAUAGAUGGAGAGGAGCUGCCGGCAGUGACUUUGUGAAUUAAUCGAGCGGAAGAGCGGAUCAGAGGAGAAGCACGUUUUUCGGGGAGUGGACGAAGGGAAAGCUAGGAAGAGGAAGGAGAGGACGAAUGAUCGGACAAGCCGUGGCCGUUUAAACAUUAAUGUGGUUCUUAUGUGAAUACGGAACCUAGCUUUAGGAGAAUCACCGUGGAUUAUCAAUUGCAUGCUUUAUAAACCAAAAAAGGAACUACUUCGGUCUUUGUUUUGUUUUUUUGUUUUGUUUUUUUGCCAUUCAUUAAAACACUUAGGGAAAUCGAUAAGACUCACUUUAUACAGAACAGUUUAAUUACUUUUUCUUUUCUUUUUUUGGAAAUACAGACUCCCUUUGUGAUUUUCUAUUUUCUUUUCCUAUCCUUCAUGAGCGUAGGAUCUACUCUGCAGGAUGUUAUACAAUCAUUCUAAUCUUUGUUAGCUGCUGCACAGAAUAUUCAGGUUGUUUUUAUGCAAGUUUUCUAAACAUGAGUUGUCUUUUUGAUGUUAAUUCUUGGUGAAAUUCUUGUUCAUACAGUUAUUAGAAAAGAGAUUAUUGUUCUUUGAAAACAGUGUCAGUUUUACAUGCCCUAGUCGGAGUCGGUGCAAGCGACUGACAUCGGAUGUCAACAUUGAUUCGGUUUUAUGGCUGGCGGGAUGCCGGCCAAACUUUGAUCAUUUCCUGAACCAUAUUGAUCUUUCUAGGAGUCUGUAGUUUUUCUCCUGUUGGAUGAAAAAAAAGAGCUCUAAUGUGGAGCCUUUGAUGGAGCUACUAAUUGCUUGCAAUGUGAUUUGACAAAGCGGUUAUCUCUUUGUCUGAAGAUUUCUGCUGUUGUCAGGACUUCUCAGUAUAUAUCCUCUGCAGGCAUCUCUUUUAAUGUCUGUUGCCAUAGCAACGGGCAGCAGCUGCAGACAGAACAAGAUGUAAAGUUGGUUUUCCUUGUCCUAUCUUUUUAAACUGGUGCUGUGCCGUUAGGUAAUUGUAUAUAUUUACUAGAUAAAACAAGAUUAGUUCAUUGUUUGUGUCAGUUUUUACAGUUUUUGUUUCCCUUCCUCUCUACUAGACAGUCCUUGUCUUUGCGGAGCUCGGCCAGCUCCGGGAAUCAGGGUUGUUUCAGGUCACCUGUCUCCCCCUCCCAAUUCUCCGUGUUCGCCUUGUACGACUCAUCUCCGUCCAGCCUGUCCCGAUCUCACAUUUAUUAAUGACAACUACCAUUUCCAUCAGUCAAACUGAUGAGCUCUUAUCAGAAAUGACUGGAUGAAUUAGAUUACAGUACUGAUUUCACUUGUACAUAUCACAGCUGCGUGGCCCCAAGGCCACCAAUCACCAGUCAUUUGCUGUGUUUGUCACAGCCUUUUCCUUUUGCUGUUUGUCUCAAGGUGACUCAGGAUUUCUCUUCCUGUAGAGGGUCAUCUCCUCUGCAGUCACCUGACCUACACUGUGUUCGGUGCACUAAAACAUCCCUGGGAAGAGCCAGGGUUAACUCUGCUCAUAGAGCAUUUCAGCAGCUCGCCUUUUUUUUAACAGCACCUGAAUUUCUCUCCAGUGUUAGCAAGUCUACUGAGGUUGAAUAGUUUGCCUUUUUAAGUGCUAUUCAUCUCUACGGACUAAGUUCUGGUUUUAUUUGAUGCUUUACAGCUUUCUGGAGAUCGUCCCAGCCUGUCUUGCAGUUCAUAAGUAUGACUGGAUCCUCCAUGGUGCUUUCUGGCCAAGACCAGAUGGAUGACUAGCUAGAAUUGCUAGACAAUCCCUCUGUGGUGCUAGACUGGUGUAGGCGACUGUUCCUUUGCCAUGCAUUGAGCGCCCACCACAAGCUUGCGGGCUGUCCUUCAGGCAGAAUUAAGUUCUGAAAUCUUAGUGUGAGGAGAAAAAAAAAUAAUCAACCUUUUUUGCUUGGCAUUACUGAAACGCUGGUGCCACUUUUACAGACUUUUGUAUGUGUUGUGGAAAAGGUGGGUGUAAACCUUCUCCUUUGAGCGAGCAAAGGUCAACAGAUUGUAAGUAUGACUAGUGCCUCAGCAGCACUAAGUUGUAGGUCAGCCAGCCAGCUUACUGCUGGACUGUAGGUGUAGCUUUGCCUUCUACUGAGGUCAAACUGUUGCAGACUGUUUUAAUUGUGGGGCUCCGGUUUGUGAGAGACUGUUAAUGUAAACAGACUGUUGUUUGCCUUCUCGAUUGGACUAUGCAGACUAUGAGAUGUGAGAUGGUGUCUGUACAGUAGAGAGAGCUUACUUGCUGCUUGAUAAGCCCUGCCUUAGAUAAGGAAGGAAUAUAACUCUUGGCUCGUUCAUAUCAUCUGUGACAGUGUCAAUAUUUUUCUCUCAGGUAAAUAACUCUGUUCUGCGAUUGCUAUUUGAACUAGGCCGUAAUAAAGUUACAGGGUGAGAACAGCCGUGCAUAGAGAAAUCAGCCUAACAACACCAACACUGGUGAGCCUCCAGCACCAUUCAGGGAACCCUGGGUUGGGAGUUCAAACCUGACCAAUCAGGUCUCAUUACCAUCACAACAAGACCACCGGUAGUCGUUAUCAGCCAAUGACCUACAUUCUUCAGUGUUACAUCACCACCGUGCUACUGCAGUGUGUGUCAGUGUACCAGACACAGGCAGCAUCUCAGACUCAAACUACCGCUAUCUAAUGGUGCUCCAGGAAGAAAAAAAUCAACACCCUAUGUGGCCAGUUUUAGGGAACACACUUGAAACAAGACAGGCUCACUUGUUUUAGCCAUAUCAGGAACAUCAGUCAGGAACAGAUUCAACUCUGCCAGUGCAGUCUUAAGUACUUCACUUUUCGUCUUUAGGGUUUCUGUUGGUGUCAAAGGUUACCAUGCCUAGCCUUUAACCAUCUAUAAUCCUAAAGCUAAGGGAAGCAGAAAGACAGGGCUCAAUAUUAUUUUUAUUUAUUUUUUUCGACUGAGGGACUGUUAAACGGGACAGCCUGGAGAACGGGCGAGCAGACGAGGGAGGGGGAGAGGGGGAGCGAGAGAUCAUCUGGAAGAGGAGAGAGGAAGUGGUGGCGCGGGAGAGGGCGGAGGCGUUGGAGAGACAGAGGCUGGCGGAGUACAUAGUGUGGAGGAAGAGAGAAGACUUCCAGGAUAAGAGAGGAGACAGAGAGAAGGGAGGAAAGAGUUCAGAGAAAGGGAGGGCGCCUGCGCCAGAGGUAAUCUGGAAGAGAAGAGAAGAAGAAGAAGAAGCAGGGAGAGAGAGAGCGAGGGCCAUUCAGAGAGGACAUGAAAGCAUUUGGAGGAAGAGAGAGAGGGAGUGAAAAGUAGGCGUUAAAGAAAGUGUGCUGCUACCAAGAGUUGGAGACUAGCCAUACAUCAGUAAGCCUCCUCUCUCUUCUUUAGCAGUUCUGGGCUUCAUUGAGCACUGCAGGUGCUUGCUGUCGUAUCGACCAGUUGAGGCUGUGUAUAAUGUGUGCGUCGCUGCCCCGUUAGCGUGCACGGCCCUCCUUGCAAUCCCCUCGCUGGCUGCUAAUAGGAUUUUUAUGGGCCCGUGUCAAGCAGGAUAGAGCUGCCAAGGGGAGCUGCUUCACACGUGCACGCACAAGCGCAUGCCAACACGAACAUACACAGAUAAUCAAAGAAGCAUUGUAGGCCGGCAAGGUUUAUACUGCCUCACGCAUGUAGACACAUCACGUAGAAAUGCGCACCCCCCAGAGCAGUAAGACAUACACAUGAGGGGGUGUUCAGAGAGACAAUCACUUGUGCUGAUUCUUCAUGGUGCUGGUGACAGCUGAAUUACUGGGCCUCACUCAGAGGCUAUUAAGUUGGGACAAGAUAGUCACAGAUAUUGUUUUACGUCAUGGCAAAACACCAAGAGCAACCGUCUGUGGACAGCUAAGAAGCUAUUCAUCAGUUCCUGGGAACUCAGAAAACACUCAAGUAAAUUUCAAAAUGAACUCAUGACAACAUGAGCUGCACUGGUGCACUAAAAAGCUUUUUUUGUCUGUGUUUUACCAUUAACUGGGGCACCCAACGUUUCCUCUGUGCUUUUGCUCAUACUGCUUUCAUUGUGGAUAAAGCCGUUUUUAAAGCAGUUGGGUUUUGGCUGCCUGGAAACAAGUGGAGGACACACAACCAGACAGAUGGAUACAGCUCUUACACUGAGCAAGACAGACAGAGUGCUGUUUGUCCUUUCAGAGAAAAACUUUGACUACUGAGACAAAGAGACUUUGAAUCACGAGAGCCUGUGUGGACUUGCACGGAUAUAAAAACUGACACUGCAGAUUCAUUAUGAUUCAAUUCAUUAUGGAGAAAACAAAGUACACCCAUUUUCGGAGUGAAUCACUGAGCUCAACUGACGAAACAAACUCCAAUCCAUCAUCGUUUCCUCCUUCCAGUCCUGUCACCCCCCUCACACCCUCCCCUGGCUUACCUUCCUCUCUCUCUUCCUCAUCUCUCACUCCCAUUUUGCCCCCCUCCUCUCCCCAACAAGCUGAGAACAGCCCCACCACCUUCUGCUCCUUCUUCCCCAGAAUGGGCUCUCUUCGUCUGGGUGUCUCAGCUACUCUUCUCCCAGGACUCAAGGCCUCAAGCAAAUCACAGGGAGCUCAGGCACCUCAGGCACCUGUUGAGUCCUCUGGGGAUGACAGGAGCAACUCUAGCUCCUCCCCACCACUUCAUCACCCUGUUUCGCUUCUAACUGCUCCUUCUCCCCCUCCCCGACCUCCUCUACAGGACAUGAACCGGCUAGGAGGGGUGUCUAGGAGGGCACGGGUGGAAGGAGGGCAGCUGGGAGGAGACGAGUGGACGCGCCAUGGCUCCUUUGUCAACAAGCCCACCCGUGGCUGGCUGCACUCAGACAAUGUGGUCAGCACCACUGGUGUUUCCUACAGUGUACGGUACAUGGGAUGCGUGGAGGUGCUACAAUCAAUGCGGGCGCUGGACUUCAACACCAGAACUCAGGUCACCAGGGAAGCUAUCUCUGUGGUGUGUGAGGCAGUACCCGGUGCCAAAGGAGCCCGCAGGAGAAAGCCUUCUUCUCGCUGUCUAACGUCCAUCCUGGGAAAGAGUAAUUUACAGUUUGCAGGCAUGACAAUCAGCCUCACCAUCUCGACCAGCAGCCUCAAUCUGCUGGCCUCUGACUGCAAACAGAUAAUCGCCAAUCAUCACAUGCAGUCCAUCUCUUUCGCCUCUGGAGGAGACCCAGAUACAGCUGAGUACGUAGCAUAUGUGGCCAAAGAUCCAGUCAACCAGAGAGCAUGUCAUAUCCUGGAGUGUUCGGAGGGUUUAGCCCAGGAAGUCAUCAGCACCAUUGGUCAGGCCUUCGAACUGCGUUUUAAACAGUAUCUAAAAAACCCUCCGAAACUGGUCACACCUCAUGACAGAAUGGCUCCAUUUGAUGGCUCUGCAUGGGAGGAAGAAGAAGAUGAGGCUGCUCCGCCUCCUGAUGUCCCGUACUAUAAUAAUUUCCCUGGAAAACAGCCUCCCCCUGCUGGAGUGAUUGACAUGAGGACCCGGCCUGGUGCCACGCUGCCUUAUGGACAGCCGGGUCAGAAUGACAUUCAUAAACAGCCUCUGCCACCACUACCAGUGGGUGCCAAAGAAGGUGGGCGGGAGAUGUUUGAUGACCCUUCGUACGUCAACGUAGAUAAACCUCGUCUCCCAGCUGCAGCAAACGGAAAUGCUCACAAAGACGCUUUCGACAUGAAGCCACUUGAUGAUGCCCUGGGGGUUUCUGGGCAUGGAGGCCCAAACUCAGUGACAGCAGUGCCCUCUAUGGUGCAGCAGUUACAGUCUGAAAUCUGGUUCCACGGGAGCCUAAGUCGUAAGGAAGCAGAGAAACUGUUGACCCGAGAUGGAGACUUCCUGGUGCGGGAGUCUGGAACCACACCUGGGCAGUACGUCCUCACGGGACAGCAGGGUGGUCAGCCCAAACACCUGCUGCUCGUUGACCCAGAAGGAGUGGUCCGUACAAAAGACCACCGGUUUUCGAGUGUCAGCCACCUGAUCAGUUACCACAUGGACAACAGACUUCCCAUUGUGUCAGCUGGGAGUGAAGUGUGUCUGCAACAGCCAGUAGAGCGCAGGGCCUGACUUUACCCACACCAAUGAAAUACACCACCAAAAACAUACACUCCUACUAUUAUAUCAGUUCUGCACAACAUACACGACCACACACACACACACACACACACACACACACGCUCAUUUCCUUUAAUGCACACAGAAACACUACACCUAACACACAACGAUACAUAUGCACACACAUUGCAAAGAAAGCCAAAAAAAAAAUAGAAAAAGUAUCACCAGUUUCUCUGCAAAAUCACUCACUUGCUGCUGUUGCUAUAUUUCCUGUCCAAACUGUGAUCUACGGUUCCUUCGCUGACAUCACCGACUAUCAGGCGCAUUCCUCCAAAGCGGAGAAGCACUGCUGCAAUUUCUCAGCCUACUGUGAACCAGGAAGGAGCCCUUUGCAAAUUACAGAAUGGGGCAGAAAACAAAUGCAAUCUUUUUUUCUUUUUGUUUUUUAAGAAAAAAAAAAUCUUUAUGUGUAAUUAUGAAAGAAAAAUGGAAACGUAAUACUACAUGGGAUCGUGUACUGAAAUGGCAGAACUGAAGAGUGUGGAAAGGAACAUUAAGGGACAUGGAGGGAGAUCUUCAGUACUUCUAAGCAUGUGCUUUUUUUAUUUUUUCUGAAAGGAGGGAAAAAAAUCCUCCUCAGACUGUUGCUGGAGCAUUUUAGAUAAAACACAAACUGGAUGGCAAGAGUUCUUUGUUUCCGAGACUGAACUAGGCUCAAACACAAACUCUCACAGCAAUCCUUAGUAUAAAAUAAUUCGGCUGGAGAAUAUGUGUACAGGUAUACGAGUUUGGUUCCGAUCUCAUCAGAGGGCCACCCCCAACCCCAACUUCUGCUCUUUUAAGGACUUUUAAACCCCUGGAGGAAGGCCUGUAUGCAAAUCUAGGACUGCUAUGCCAAUGACCUUCAUAUACUGUAUAUUCUUUUUUUUUUUUUUUGUAUUUCUGUCUAUUAUCUUGGCACUCAUCAAUCAAAGGACACCCUGAGUACGCAAGGAUCAAAUCAGCUGUAUCCUCCCAAUCCCUUUCUAAACGCAGACGUACACACCUUUUACACAACUGAGUCAGCACCACCUGUCAUGCCAAAGAACAUGAACUUGGUUGAAAAGGAAGCAGAAAAGGAAGCCAUGAAUAUUAACAACUCCUAUCGAUCUUGUGCGCUUGCGGCAUCGGAGCAAAUGUGUGUAGAAAGAAAUGCAUUUCGAAACGCGCCCGUUUUAGAGUGGAUUGUGUGCAUGGGGGGGCAAUAAAGGAGAUUUUUAAAAAAUACAUCAAAAUCAACCACAACACAAAAUUCAGUAAGUUUGGAGAAGCUUAGACGAGAUAUUACUGAGCUAUUGGUUUACAUUAAACACCUUAAUAUGCGUUUGCAUCGACAAUCUAUGUGUUAUAUCUUUUAAAGAAUAUCCUAAUUGAAAAGAGCAGUUAGCCGGAGACCCCUUUGACAAGUGUUUAACGGUCUAAGCAAUGAAUUUCCUUCUGCAAAAACAAUGCAAGUUAUGUCAUGGUAACUGGUUAUGUAAUUUUGAUGUUCGUGUUUUAUUGAAUCGUUUGAGAGAGUAAUGAACGAUUUCCAAACCUUUUAUGCUCCGAGGUUAGACGGAUAUUGCUAGCAAUGAAAUGUUCAGCCAAAGGUUGCUCCUCGGCGUGCUGUGUUCACAGACUUUCGAGGAUCAGGAGGGAGACGUUCACGUUAUUGUUUACUGUUUUCCUCCUCCCUCACUUCAUGAUGUAGUUGUUUUUGUUUUAUAUCUUUUUGAUCGUGCCUUGUUUCUUCAAUGCAGUCAUGUCACUCCAAUGCAGUCACCUUAUGUACUUAAUUCAAAUGUAGUCAGCUACAGGAGAAUCUUACAAAAAAAAGUCUCAGUUUAUCAACAACUUUGCAAAAAUGACACUCCGGUAAACACACGCAAACAGAUCUAGUGAUGGCAAUCUCCUCUGAUGCACGUUCUCGCGUUCAGCUUACAGUCACAGAUACUUGAUGUCACCAUCUGGGGGGGAGUGGGGGUCGGGGUGGUAUGGGAUCGGGGUUUUUUCCUGAUCAUCUGUAAAUAACAUAAAUUUUUGACUGAUAAGCUUAAGUGACGGAUUAUUGUUUCCAUUUUUGUAAAUUUAAUGACUUCUUUGAUAAAUAACACAGAGCCAGAAACCACAGCACAGAGGUCGCUCAUGUAGAAUUUGAACACGUCGAAGAGACUGAAGCCAAAAUUUUAAAAUUUGAGAAGGGAUUUUUUUUUUUCAGCCUAAACCUUAACUAUCUGUUAGUCAUUAGACUUUGAAGUGGGCUAACAUGUUGUAGAACAUGUAUGCACACACAUACCCGAGUGACCGCCGGGUCAGUCUGCAUGUUCAGCUUUAUGCAGGUCAGAAAUAGGAAAACGGCAGAGAAGUUCUGCCAUUACUGUGCGUGCCUGUUGUAUGUGUGUGUGGGCUGGAACAGGCUCAUUUGAUGCUCUUUAUCGUUAGUGAACUGGUUCUGUGUUAUUAUUGUGCAUCACAGUAGCCUUUGUUGCAUGAAAAUCCUUUCAGAAAAUUAGUUGUUUAUUGUUGGUGAUGGUGGUAGUGUUGAUGAUGCUGUUGUACUUUUUGGUUUGUGUUUUUAUAAAGCCAAAGGUUCCUUUUGAAAUAGUGUGCACAGAUAAUGAUUUUUAUUACUUUAUGUUUCUGUUUUAAUACUUUUUGUCUUGUUUUGUUUUUAGGGAAAUGUGUCUGUUUACACCUGUAUUGGAAAAAUAUAGAUUGCAUAUAUAAAUACAUAUAUCACUUAUCUGGC